UUCAAAAUGGCUGCUGGAAAGUUACCUUCAAAUGCGCUUUCUUUAAAACAGUUCUUUCUUAGAAAGCAAGUUCUGAGUCUCUAUCGUGAAAUCUUUAAGACGUUACGUGAGGUGGAAAAUGAAGAUCACAGGAAAGAACUUGCUGAUUGGGCAAGAUCAGAGUUCAAGAAAAACAAGCACGAAAAGGAAGAGAUUGUCAUCAAAAUGAUGCUGUCACGUGGUCGCCUCACAUUAAAAGAAAUGUCAUCAGCAAUUUACUUGGCUAAAUAAGGUUUAGAGAGGUACUCUCUUGGCUGAACAAGUGCCCUCCCUGCACAGAAAAUCGCGAAUUGUAAUUCCUGGACCAUCUUGUCAUAGGGUUCAAAGAAAA